AGCCAGAAUCUCUCAACAAGAAACAUCAAUGGAUUUCAAGAUGCAUCUUUUCUUUUGUGCUCUCUUCAUUUCUCUGAUGGAUUACCAUUGUAUCAGUGGCAAGGAAAGUGUCCUCACAUCACUGAAGAAAACUGUAGAAAAAGGUCCUCUGGUGACAAUUGUCCGAGACGAAGACAGUAGUUCUGCAGUGAAUCAGACCAGAAACAGUCGACGUAAUGAUGCUUUCUAUGAAACAACCUUGAAGUGGGUUUGGUUUUAUGGAUCUGCUCCCAGUGAUGCAGUUUCAUUCUGGAAUAGCUAUGCUAACAGGUGGGAAUACCCUUGCUGGGAAGGAGGAUGUGGAGCUGGUUACUACAGUCCAGCCCGUGGUCCUUACUGCUACUAUGCUGAAAGCAAUCGAGAAAAGAGUACCUCUAAUUUCCAGGUGUUGGUGAAUGAACACAACUUUGAAUCUUUGAAAUGGCAAUAUGGUUCUCAUGGUAAUGUUCCACAUAAUUCAAUUGAUACUUGCCCAGGAGCACGAGUCUAUGUGGGGAAAAAUCAUUUUGGCUUAGGAAAGGUAGUUGUCCAACACAGUGCUUUCUUCAUCGGAAGGAAUGGUAAAGAAUACUGGUACAAAGAAUAUGAUGUCCUCACCAUUUAUAAAGAUUAUCGAUCUCAGGCAAUCAACAAUGUCAGGUACAAAGAAGAUCAGGGGACAUACAGCAACCAUGCCCUGACCUUGUUUACCACCAAAGUCACCAACAAUAACUGUGAAUCAGUGAAGAAGACCACCACCUUAUCAAAAACUGUAACCUUUGAACAUCGCUGGGACGUUGGAAUUGCCCUUUCACAGAGUGUGAGCAGUACUAUAACAGUGGGGAUACCUGAAGUUAUUGGGACAUCAUGGGGGAUUUCAUCAGAGAAAACCUACAACUGGAAUAAAGGUUUCACACAGAGUGAAUCGGUCGAGUAUAGUGAAACUGUAGAGGUUGAUGUCCCACCUAAGCAGAGCUGUGAAGUGACAAUGAAGGGCAUAACAAUGAGGGCAAGAAUUCCUUUUACUGCCACAGCUACUCGUUACUAUUAUAAUGGAGAGAGUCGAAGUGCCACCGUCCAAGGGGUCAGCGACAAUGAUGUUGUGGCACAAGUGCACACAGAAAUUAAGCAGUGCCAGCCCAUCCCAAAUGCAGAGCCAUGCCUUUCAGAGGUCAUUGGCACAUAUUAAUAAUCCUCUAUGCUAUUCCCUGGCCAUUCAUUGUCCUAGAGCAGAAAUCAAGAAAAUAAAACGUUCCUCUGGGUAACAUGAAGAACAACAAGUGAGGUGAGGGUGAGGGCUGAGCUUUGAUAUACAAGAAUCUACUUUAUUCAAUAGAAGGAAGAGUGAUUAUUCCUCUAUUUCAUCAUAACACAACAUAAAUAUGCUUCCUGAUCCUGAAUACAUUUACUUGGAAAUAAAUGCCAUCUAUUGCAAUAA